CCAAAUCGUAUCUGUCACCGACUGAAGAAAUAGAAAAUCGAGUACUAAUAAGAUCACAGUUGUAAGCAAAGAGAAUUUAAGUAAUACGUUAGAAGCAAUAAAUAUUACUUUGUUAGCUAUAAUUAUUAUACGUACCUUCUAUAAGGUAUUGUUAGCUAUUGCACAAAUAGGUAGCCAAAAUAUCUUUUUUUUAAACACUUGAUGUUGACCUGAUUUUAGUUUCAAAUCUUCGGGUACCGGUAGAAUGCCAAAAAAUAAGAAGAAAGCUGAGAGCUCCAGCAGCGACAGCGAUGAUGGACCCGUUGAUAGAAAUGUUCCACCAGAAAAGAAAGCAAAAAUGGGUUCUAGAACAGAUGACAAAGAACCAACAUGGGUUCUAGAAGGAAAAAAACUUGUUAAAGUGCGUGAAUUCAAAGGGAAAGUUUAUGUUGAUGUUAGAGAGUUCUAUGAAAAGAAUGGUGAAUUGUUACCAGGGAAGAAAGGCAUAAGUAUGACUCCUGAGCAAUGGAGGAAGUUGUUAUCAUUAGGAGAUGAAAUCAAUGAAACUAUUAGUACUAUGUGUUAAGGACUUGGCUUUGAUUUUUUGCUUUAUAUUACUAUAAUAAAUAAGAAUGUUUAUUGCACACUAA